CAGUUGCCCUGGUGAGGACGAAGCGCCAUAGCCACGGUAGCCCUGGCGACAAGAACCCAGCAACGAGAAUCAACAACAACAACAACUGAAUCCACCAUAAAAAAUAAAAAAAGAAGAUAUUUUACCGGGUGAUUCCCAGCUCUUGUUAUGGCCACCUCAGGCUAUGUAGGUGAGAUCCAACCAGCAGCCCAAACCCAGGGGGCUAUUAUUACUGUCACAUCGGGGCAACCUGACGACAACUCCAACCCUCCCACUGCCCCUCAGUUUCUGGCUGAGAUUCAGACUGCUGUGUCCACACCCACCAUCAUCACAUCCACAGGCCAAACUACUCACACUGAUCAAGAUGCCUCAAUCACCGCUCAAAAGCCAGCAGCUGGAAGUCAACCCCAGUUAGCAGCACAGGCCCAGCCAGCUCAGACACAGUAUGUGACUGCAGAGAUCCAGGGCUCCCCUACAGAGUCGGGAAAUUCUCAAAGCACUCCUCAGUACAUUGUUGUUACAGUCACAGAGGGCUCCCUUCACUCAAGUGACAGUGUGUCAGACUCAAGUCCCCCUCCAGCUGUGGUGCAGACAGGUGUCCCCACGCAGGUUGUUCAGCAGGUGCAGGCAGCUCAACAGAGGUCUGUGGUGCAGGCCACCUCUCAGAUAGCCAAGACUGAGCCAGGCACCCAGCUCAGUGUCACCAGUCUGCAGCCUGUUCACAUCAGUCCAGAGGUCCAGCAGCAGCUCACACCAGUGCAACAUGUGUACACCAAUCAGGUGCAGUAUGUUGAAGGAACAGACACCAGCUACACCACUAGCACCAUUCGUUCCGGCACCUUCCCUUACACUGACACCCCGCUGUAUACCCAGACCACAGCUGCCCAGUAUUAUGAAGGUCAGACAACCCCAGGCUCCCAGGCCUCCACCCCUGGCACACCUCUCACUGUCUCUGUGACUGCUGGCACAGCAGGUGGGGUUUCCAUGUUUGUGGCCCAGCCCACAAGUGCAGCAGGGGGCGGGGCCACAGUGGUGACCACAGGUGGAACCACCAAUGGGGCAGGGGAUGGGGCAGGCACAAAUGGUGGCGCAGCCGGCAGCUAUGUCAUCCAGGGGGGUUACAUGCUGGGCAGCGGCAGCGGGGGUGCAGCUGGCAACAGCCAGAACUACUCACACACUGCCCGCGCCUCUCCAGCCACCGUGAGUAUUACAGAGGGCGAGGAGAGUAGCGUGCCGUCGGCAGACAAGAAGGUACAGUGGUUGCUGGACAACUAUGAGACAGCUGAAGGAGUUAGUUUGCCACGUUCAACCCUGUACUGCCACUACCUGCUGCACUGCCAGGAGCAGAAACUGGAGCCCGUUAAUGCUGCCUCUUUUGGGAAACUCAUCAGAUCUGUGUUUAUGGGGCUUCGCACACGUCGCCUGGGCACACGGGGUAAUUCUAAAUACCACUAUUAUGGGCUGAGGAUUAAGGCUGGCUCUUCUCUCCUCCGUCUGAUGGAAGACCAGCAACAUCUGGCUAUGAGGCAGCAGCCCUUCUCACAGAAACAGAGAUUGAAGCCUGUUCAUAAAGUGGAGGGGAUGACCAAUGGGACAGCAGCAGGAGCAGGUCAGCAGCAGCAGCAGCAGGGGUCUGGGCAGGUGGACAUCAGCACCCAGGUUCAGCAGUACCAGCAGUUCCUAGAUGCAUCAAGAGCUCUCCCAGAGUUCCCAGACAUCGACCUCCAGGGGAAGGCUCUGCCAGAGGGCAUCGAGCUGGAGCACAUAAAGAGCUUUCAGCUGCUGUACAGAGAACACUGCGAGGCAAUUUUAGAUGUGAUGGUCAACCUGCAGUUUACCCUGGUGGAAACUCUGUGGAAAACCUUCUGGAGGUUCAGCCAGAAUCAGGCUGGAGACGCCACGCUGGCUGUUCACGAUGAGUCAGAGAAGCGCCUCCCAAAGUCCUGCCUGGUGUUGCUGUGCAAGUACGAUCCAGUACUGCGCUGGAGUCGUGACUGUGACAACAGCCUGUACCAGGGCCUGGUGGAAAUCCUCAUCCCUGAUGUCCUCAGGCCAAUCCCCAGUGCCUUAACUCAAGCCAUCCGCAACUUUGCCAAGAGUCUGGAGAGCUGGCUGACUAAUGCCAUGAUGAACAUCCCUGAGGAAAUGGUCCGCAUCAAGGUAACAUCUGCAAAUGCAUUUGCUCAGACGCUGCGUCGCUACACCAGUCUAAACCACCUCGCACAAGCAGCCCGCGCUGUGCUCCAGAACACGGCCCAGAUCAACCAGAUGCUCUCUGACCUCAACCGCGUUGACUUUGCCAACGUCCAGGAGCAGGCUUCAUGGGUGUGCAGGUGUGAGGACCGUGUCGUCCAGCGGCUGGAGCAGGACUUUAAGCUGACCCUCCAGCAGCAGAACUCUCUUGAACAGUGGGCGGCGUGGCUCGACAGCGUGGUGUCCCAGGUCCUGAAGCCCUACCAGCACAGCCCCGCAUUCCCCAAGGCCGCCAAGCUCUUCCUGCUGAAGUGGUCCUUUUACAGCUCCAUGGUGAUCAGAGACCUGACCCUGAGGAGUGCCGCAAGUUUUGGUUCCUUUCACCUGAUCCGCCUGCUGUAUGAUGAAUACAUGUACUACCUGAUCGAGCAUAGGGUGGCCCAAGCCAAAGGAGAGACUCCCAUUGCUGUCAUGGGAGAGUUUGCCAGUUUGGGUCGGGGUCUAAGCCAACUGGAUCCUGAUAAAGAGGAAGACGAGGAAGAGGAUGAUGAGAGCGAUGAUGAAGGUCAGGAGCUGUCCCUUCCCUCCGAUGUGGCUGUGCUCGGGGACGAGUCUCUGGAGCCACCUGCUAAGCUGGCCAGAACCGACCAGAGAGUCCUGUUCACGACCGGAGCCGCCGACAACUAAGCACUGAGUAACACUACGAGCAGACAUGGGUUAAAACUGGUUAUACACACACACAGACACACACAGAUGUACAAAGAACACUACUUUAUACACUCCACACAUGUAUAUAGAUCUUGUAUGUGUGUGUGUGUGCACUCCUUAGCUGGAUACUGUAACUGUCCCACUUGUUUACGCACUCACACUCUCUGUCAGUACUGCUGCUGCCCGGAUGGCACAACCACCUGUUGGUCCCAUUGAUUCAACAGAGUUUCAUCUGCAUUGUAAAAGGAUUUCACAAAGCAGAUUCUCUCGGAAACACAGAGAAUUUUAAUGUAUGGUUGUGUUGUUGAUUUGUAAAAACAAACUCAAGCCAGGCAUGUUUUUGUUUUCUCUCAUUGCAUCUCUACCUGCAACAGCCUUCUCUCUCCCUUCUGAGAAACUUCUGCUCAUCCUCCUUACACUGUCACUGCCAUAUCAAGUGGUGUUGAAAAUACUGUGAUGUGUGUGUGUAUGUGUGUGUGUAAAGGUGGAGGUGGACCCUCCACAGUAAAUUGUAACUGCGUUUAGUUGUUACUAAUUUGUUUGGAGACUUGGUCUUCAAGAAGAAGAAACACACAAAAGGCAGCAGGCAGUAAGAAACCUCUUGGGCGUGUUUAUCUUGUUUUGUUUUGUUGUUUGUUUUACGUGCAGGCACUUCUGUAACUCUGAAAGAACAUGCACAUCCACGAUGGUGUGUGUGUGUGUGUGUGUGUGUGUGUGUGUGUGUGUGUGUGUGUGUGUGUGUGUGUGUGUGUGUGUGUGUGUGUGUGUGUGUGUGUGUGUGUGUGUGUGUGUGUGUGUGUGUGUGUGUGUGUGUGCGUGUGUGUGCGCGUGUGAUUGUGAGUCAUCUAAACUGUGGACAGUUUCCUCUGUAGAUAUUUUCUAAGGCAUUCAGGUUUUGAUUUUGGAAGACGUGCGUAGAUUCCCAGCUUGAUUUUAUUUGCCUGAAAAGAAAACGUUGUCGUGUUCUUGGAGUGCCUGUCGCAGCUGCUACACUAACCUGUAAAGAAAAAGCUACGUCUGUGGAAUUGGGGCUCCCAUUAGUUGCUGCAAAAAAAAAUCCUCUCUCUCUUAUUGAACAUGUGGUUCCAUUAGAGAGGUUGUGUAUGUGUCAUAUUAUAAGUGCUUCAUUCCUGUCCUUUAAAAAAACGCUCCUUUGUUGCCUAAUUUCCCUUUGACAUCAUUUCUUGCCUUAUUUAAAUAUUUUAUCCAUGUGUGUGCCAAUCCUGUGUGCUUUUAUCCGAGAUCUCAGCUUUGUUUUUAAAUUCUCUAUGUUUUUACGGGGGACUGUGCCUGAGUAGGAACAGUGAUCAACUUAUAUUCUGCUGUAUAUUUAUCCACUUCUUUGAAUUUCGUUGUCACUCAGUGAACCUCUUGUGCAGUGUAUGGUGCUGUGUUGUCACACACAUUGUAAGCAACCUCUGUGUGCAUACUUGAUUUGUGAUUGUACGUUCGGUUAUCAAUCCUCUUCAUAUCUGAUGACUUUUUCACUAACAGGCAACUUUGCACAUAUUGUCGAGAAAAAAAAAACGUCCUGAAAUGUUUCUCAGUUUCUUUAAAGUCAUAGGUGUGAUUUUUGUACCGUGGGGUGCAGGUGUCAGAUUGUGUGUGAACAUCUCGUGUCACUCGUGAGAGAUGUGAUGUUUUUUUUUUUUCUUUCUGCACAGUCCUCCACCGACACUCAUCUCCCUGCACUGUGCUUUCAUCUCGCUGCAUUUCCGCCCUCCUGCCAAUGGCUUUGUUUUGCUUCAAACAUCCAUAUUCUUAAACACUGUUUGUCCCGAUUGGUUGUUGUAGACAUGUCAUCAUUUUGGAUUUUCAAAUGCAAUGUCUUUAAAUAGCUGCAGUGUGCAUCGGCAGCCUCAAACCAGCACAUCAUCCUUUAUACGGAGUCUAAUGCUACCAAGACUGAGUACAUAUCAGUCCAGUAAUGAUCUACACAGCAUAUAGAAUGGCCAUUGUUUACCCUGUAAGAAAACUGUUUAGUCAUUUUUACAGUGCAUUGUUUCUUAUGUACAAAACCAGUUGAAAAAAAAAAAGAUGUUCAGUGGCAGUGUUUUAUGAAUUUGGUCUGCUGUAAGUAUGACUGUGCCUUUGGAGGUGGUAGAAUGCAAUUCAGAUGUUUUUAAUUUUAAAGAUAUAAAUUAAAGAAUUUUUAAAACUG